AUGGCUGCGGUCAUGUCUGCGAAGCGCCCUCGCGCCCUUACCAAUGGGAUCGACGUGAGUAGUGUUGGCCGUAAUGAUCGUAAUAAGCGACGACGACAAUCCGAGCCAGAAAGCAACGCCGGAUCCUCAGGCGACGAGCGAUCCGAUGUGGCAAGUGGUAGCGAUAGCGAGGACGAGGACAGCCUCCAGGCCCAAGAGAAGUGGGCGACACAGCGAGUGGAGAAGAUCUACAUGGAACCUACAGCCAGGCAGAAUGUCCCGUCAGACUCUGGAAUCAUUGAAGAGAUCCAGUGCAUCAAUUUCAUGUGCCACGAGCACCUGACGGUGACUUUGGGACCCCUCAUCAACUUCAUCAUUGGACACAACGGCAGCGGGAAGAGUGCCGUACUCACAGCCCUCACUAUAUGCCUGGGUGGAAAGGCCACUGCAACCAAUCGAGCCCAAAAUCUCAAGAGUCUGAUCAAGGAGGGCAAGGAGCACGCUUCAGUGACGGUCAAGAUCAAGAACCAGGGCCCCCUCGCCUACAAGCCCGCAAUAUAUGGCACCUCCAUCAUUGUCGAACGCCACUUUAACAAGUCUGGUACCUCUGGAUUCAAGCUCAAGGACUCCAACAACAAGCUGGUCACGACCAAAAAAGCAGAGCUGGAGGAUAUCCUCGACGCUUUCUCUAUGCAAAUCGAUAAUCCGAUGAAUGUAUUGACGCAGGACAUGGCAAGGCAGUUUCUCAACCAUUCUACUCCGAAGGACAAGUACAAGUUUUUUCUUCAAGGCACGCAACUCGAAAACUUGAAUAGGGACUAUCAACAGAUUGAACAGUCCCUAGAAGCUAUGAAUACAAGAGUGGAGGUCAAGGAAGCUGACCUGCAAGUUUUACGGCAAGAAAUGCAAGAGGCGGCGUCGAGAGCCAAAACAUCAGUGGAGAUGGAAACCAUGCGAUCCAUGGAGAGAAGCAGAGCCAACCAAGCAGCUUGGGCUAGAGUGGAGGAACAGGAGAGAUCAGUGGAGGAGGCAGUAUCUGCAAUCGCAAAAGCUGAUAACUUGAUGGAAGAGAAGCAGGUGAUGGUAAUAAGAGCAGAAAACGAGUUCGAGCUCGCUGAUCAGAAUUAUGGGGCAGCCCAAGAAGCUGUCAUCAAAAUCACGGAAGAUUUGGAACCCGCGAUAGAACAAAGGGAUGUUGCCAAAGAAGCGUUCCAAAAGGGAAAAGCAAAACUCGCACAGGGAUUGUCGGAAGUCCGCUUAGCUAGAGGUGCAUUGGAUGCGGCGAAAAACGAGGUUGGAAAGAAAGAAGAUAACGUCAGACAGCUUCAGCGACGACUGGACGAAGUCGAAAAUGGUCUCUAUGCAGAAAAGGUUCGUGAGCGUGACGAGGCCAAAAUCGAGCACGAAAAUGCGAAAGAGAGAUACACAUCGCACGACUCGGCGCUUCCGCAGCUCAACAAAGAGCUCAAUGCAGCGACUAUGGAAUUGGAUAAAGCCAAGAAAAAGGCACAGGAAGCACGCAACGCCGUAGUGGUCAUUCGGAGCACCAUCGCUCGGUUGCAAAAGGGCGAGAGCAACGGCAUGGACGGAUUUCCGCAGCCCAACAAGCUGCAGGACUUGUUAGAUGCGAUUAAGAGAGAGCGCGGGUUUCGAGAGACACCUGUGGGACCGAUUGGUCGUCAUGUAAAGCUAACAGCGUCUAAAUGGGGCCGCAUUUUGGAAAAGCAGUUCGGUCAGACUCUAAACGGUUUUGUCGUUACCAGCAAACAUGACCAGACUAAACUCUCAGGGCUCAUGAACAAGACGGGAUGGUCUGCUCCAAUAUAUAUUGGUAAGAGGUCCCGUAUUGACACGCAGCCCCACGAACCUGCGAAGGAGCUUUUGACGUGGAUGCGAGCACUCACAAUCGACAACGACCUUGUUCGAAAUCAACUCAUCAUCAACCAGGGAAUCGAGCAAACUGUGCUCAUCGAGAAUCUACAGGAAGGUUCUAAUUUUAUCGCGGACCAAGGACCACUGACGAAAAAUGUCAGAAUGUGCUUCACGUUCGCGGAUGGUGAUACGCGAAGAGGUCGAGUAAUAAACCGCUCGCCUGCAGGUGGUAUCAACAACAGUCCAAUCGCCGAAUACACUGGAGCCAUGCGGAUGCAGGUUGAUCGGGAUGCUCAGAUUAGAGAGGAACAGAGCCGUCUCGCCGUAAGGGAACAGGAGUUACAAACUCUCGAGAAGGAACUGCACCAAGCACAAAACCACUUGAAAGAUUGUGAGCGCAGAGAGGCCGAGCAUAAAAAACAGAAGAAAAACCUCCAAGUUGAACAGCAAAGGGCAUCAGCAAACUUGGAUCGACUGGAGGGCGAGUUGAGUGAGGCGACUCCAGACGCAUCAGCUGUCAAGGAGGCCGAAGGAGAACUUGAGGAGGCCAAGCUUCUAGUUGCAAACACAGAAGGGAUUCUCGAGGACGCUGAGAAGGCGAUCAUGACGUGUAAUAACGAGCAGCAAAUCCACAAGCGUGAAAUGGACGAAGCGGCGAAGUGUGUCGCGGAUCUCGAGUACGAGCUCAGUAAAGCCAGACAGGCAGUCAAAGGCUUUGAGAACGAACGAGAUCAAGCGCUCAAGACCAAGAACGCGGCGUACGAUUCGGUCCGUAAAGUAGAGGAGAACAAAACGGCAUGGACAGACCACCUGGUAGUUCAGCAAACUCAGCUGGCAGAAAUGACAGAACAGGCAAUGCAGAUUACUGGUGGAACACGUAUUCCUGUGCCUCCUGGUAGAUCGGCUGACGAUCUUCUCGAAGAGCUCAGGAAACUUGAGCAAAAGCGAACAAGAAUGGAAACCGAACUUGGUGGAUCACAGAUUCAGCUUCUAGCUGCAGCGGACGAUGCUAAAAAGGCGCACCGCGGUGCCAUGAAAGAGCUGGAUGAAAUCAAGAGUCUGCGCAAUCAUCUCAUCACUACUCUGACCAACAGGCGCAAUCGAUGGAAGCUGUUCCGGUCAGGCAUUUCGAUCCGAGCGCGAGUUACAUUCAACUAUCUCUUGAGCGAGCGCAAGUUCAGAGGUACCUUGUACAUCGACCACAAAAAGGCACUCCUGGACAUCAAUGUCCAACCAGAUAGUUCAGAAACGCAUGCAGAGGGUAGGCAGACCAAGACGCUGUCGGGUGGCGAGAAAUCCUACUCGACUGUGUGUCUGCUACUCUCGUUGUGGGAGGCCAUGGGAUCACCGAUCCGCUGCCUCGAUGAGUUCGACGUUUUCAUGGACAGCGUCAAUCGCGAGAUCAGUAUGAAGAUGAUUAUUGAAGCUGCUCGACGGUCGAUCGGCCGACAAUUCAUCUUCAUCACGCCGCAGGGAAUGGACAAUGUGAGCCGGGCGGCGGAUGUCAAGAUGAUCAAGAUGAGCGACCCGGAGCGCGGGCAGACGGCACUGAACCUCCAACGCGGCUGA